UAAACCGGCUACACUUGCAUACCAAGGGCGCAGCCCGAAGAGUCAAUGGGUGAGAUGCACCACCUGGCCUGCUAUAACCGGUUAGCUAGCGCCAACAGCUCUAGCAUCACCGCCUGCGCGCUCUCGAGACGUUGCAGAUCCCCAACCACCUCUUCCUGACAAGCACACAGGCAGACCCUUGUUAUGAGUCUUGUUCGAUUAUAGCGUCUUCAGACAUCCAAGAUGCGCAUAAGAAAGCCAUUCGCCGGCGCCUUCAUCGCCCUAAUCUUCCUCUCGGCUGCCGCCGGCUUCUCACCCUCCGACUAUUCGAUCCCAUCAUACAAGCAGUCCGACAAAGCGCUGCACUUCGUCGCCUUCUUUCUGCUCACGCUCGCAUUCUACUGGAUCCUCGAGACUAGCAGGCGCAAGGUGCUGCAAUACACGUUCAUCGUGUGCACCAUUGGCUUGGGCGUUGCAAGUGAAGUUGCGCAGGGGUUGCUGCCGAUCCAGCGCGAAUUUGAUCCCUACGACAUCGCCGCCAACGUCUCCGGCUCCUUGAUCGCCUUGGCGCUAUGCAACUGGUAUCACAAGCGCAUGAUCGAGCGCAAGCGGGCUGCACGCGGAUACAACGCUGUUGCCGGCGACGAUGAGCUAGACGUCGAGCUGGGCGAGGGCGUGGACGGUCAGGAAACUGGUGUUGUGAGGUCGACGGUGGAUGUUGAGCUGGAUCGCUGGGACGAGAACGAGGAGGACUGGGAGACUACAGACCCGGAUCCUGUGAUUGGGAACGGCGUGAAUGCGGCGACUGUUGUUGCUGUACCGGAGGAUUUGGAGGAUGGAAAGAAGCGUAGUGAUUGAGGAAUGAGUGUACCAUAGACAUGAUUGUAUGAUGAUAAUGACCAGCAUAUCGUUAGCGAAGGGUUUCCUAGAACCUGCCACAA